AUGGACAUGGUACACAGGGCCAUCAAGGUAGAAAAACAACUCAAGCGAAAAGGCGUCGUUCGAGGCUAUUCCACCAUGGGCACAUCAAGAUGUAUCCAAAGCACUAGCAAAAAUAAUCCACCGAGCCAUGCCAAGGAGCACAUAGUGCUAGCCAAGACGAGCAAGCCUAUUGGCGCCACUAGUAAAGACGGAGAAAUUAAAUUAGAGGAGAAAGAUGAAAAUGACCACGAUGCCGCUAUCGAUGAAGAGGAGGAGUUGGAACAUGCUGUUGAUGGCGAACUCCUUAUCAUCAAAAGGAGUCUAAGUCUCCAAGGUGUGGAAAAUGAACCGCACAGAGAGAAUAUCUUUCAUACUCGGUGUCAAGAUUUCCAAGACGUUUUUUCAGACGACAUUUCGAGUGGGUUGCCACCCAUUUGUAGGAUCGAGCACCAAAUUGAUUUUGUUCCCGGAGCCGUGAUUCCAAAUCGACCAGCGUACUGGACUAAUCCUGAAGAGACCAAAGAACUUCAUCGACAAGUCAAUGAACUAAUGGAAAAAGGCUACAUCCGAGAGAGCCUUAGCCCAUGCGCCGUGCCAGUUUUGUUUGUGGUCAGCUUGGAAGGACUCGAGGUGGACCAAGAGAAGAUUAAGGCUAUUCAAGAGUGGUCGAAACCAAUGAGUAUUAGCCAAGUGAGAAGCUUCCAUGGCUUGGAAAGUUUCUAUAGGCGUUUUGUACCCAAUUUCAGCACUUUGGCUGCACCAUUGCCAAGUGUCAUCAAGAAGAACUCAACCUUUCAUUGGGACGAAGAGCAAGAAAAAUCUUUUAAUGUUAUUAAAGGUUGUCUUACUAAAGUUCCUUUACUUGCACUACCUAAUUUUUCUAAAACAUUUGAGAUUGAAUGUGAUGCAUCAGGUGUGGGAAUCGGGGCUGUGUUAACUCAAGACGGAAGGCCUAUCGCUUACUUUAGCGAAAAGCUAAACGGAGCCACGCUAAACUACCCCAUCUAUGACAAAGAGAUGUAUGGUCUCAUUUGA